AGUGAAAGGCCGACUUCUCCUCUCGUCCCAAUGGCAUCCUGUCUUUCCAUUUUUACCCUUUUCUCUCUGCUCCCCGGCCGUUGCCGUUGCUCCGCGCCCUCUCUCUCUCCCCACUAGUAGCCACUGCCGCCGCCGCUGGCAGGGUGGGCCCACCGCCGCAGCCAUGUUCUCCUGGCUCCUCCACGGCUGCCGCGACGAGUGCUCCGCCUCCGACCAGCUCAAGCAGGCUCGUGAUGUCUUCGUGGCAAAAGAGGCAGUCUUGCAAAAGAAGAUUUCUCAAGAGAUGGAACGGGCCAAGGAGUUUACAAAAUCAGGAAACAAGCAAGCAGCAAUGCAGUGCUUGAAGAGGAAAAAGUACUAUGAAAGCCAAAUGAACCAGGUUGGAAGUGUCCAGUUACGCAUCAAUACCAAGGAGAAAAUGAUCGCUGAUCACAUGGGGAACAAAUAACGCAAAGUGAGAUCACAGCUCUGGAACUAUGUCUUAACUCAUCUUUGUUUUGUUCAGAUAUGUAAUCUUGUGAGAAGUCAAUUGUUAUUGUUCUCUGCCACACAGCAUACCACAUUUAACAUCAGUGUGCCUAACUUAAGAUAGUACAUUUCAGACAGGACUUGCUUAUUUCCUAGGCAAGACAGGACUUAUUUACUAGGCUAGACAGGACUAUUUCCUAGGCAAAAUGUGCCUGAGUGAUGUUGUUGGACUUGCAGUUACAUAUGAAAAAAUUUCUAUCCCAAAUGAGUGUCUCAGCUCAUGCAGUGAACUGUAUAUGGUUUGAGCCAUAAUUAUUAUUGUUCAUACAGAUUCUCACUAUAUUCUUCUGAAUAACAGCUCAUGUAGUGAACUAUACGGUUUGAGCCAUAAUUAUUAUUUUCAUACAGAUUCUCACUAUAUUCUUCUGAAUAACAAAUUAUCUGAUGGUUUAGAGCUUUUUUGCACUCUCUGUACAGCAAGGUUGCAAGAUGGUAUUUCCUUGAAUUCGGAUAAAGGGUGUGUAUUCCUCUCUUUGUAGACACUCUUGGGCAGCAAGAGUGCAUCCAUGACUAUGACUAGUGCAAGUUGAAUCAUGUUAUCACUGAUAGCCUAUAAUUAGAGCACAAGUUGGACAUUUGUACUAUCAGCACAAUACUCAGCACGUGAAUGUCCACCUGAGUGGAUCUGUAACUGCCUCUGCUUCCAAAGUUGCAUUUCCUUUCUUUAUCCUCCGCUGUUGCUUUUCUGAUGCAUGUCUUGUGUUGCUGUAUAUCUGUAUGACCUGAUCUUGAUUUCCUUGUUUAACGAGUGAAUAUCCAAGUUUGAAGAAGAAUUAAGAUCUGCCUUCUUUUUCUUGCGAGGAAGAAAUUAUAAAUGUUUUAAAGAGAAUGCAGAUACCUGAAAUUCAUUUCAAAACAACAGUCAUUUGUUCUUAUUCGCGACGUCUUCUAAAAAAAGUGUGCUUCGCCUCUCAUACAAUUGUCAUUUAUCCAAAGUUGUUUUGUCUUGCAUAGUAAAUGAUGGCGAUCUGUAGCUGAGCAGCUAUGCUAACCUCUUCGUUGGGAGUCGGCAAGCCACGAAUCGAUCAUGCACUUCACCUAGAGAUGCCUUAGUUCGGUCAAUGUUCAGUAAACUCAACUUGUAAAUUUCUUUCCUGCUGUUUCAGCGCUGUGUAACUGAACUUUCAGUUUUGUGUGAAUUCUUUUGACAGCAACCACAACAUGCACGGAUGUGAUUGAGUUGGGAACU